AUGAAACCGUUAAGACGGCAAAAAUUAGAAGGCAAUCAUAGAUUGGGGACGCUUUAUCGAUUUUUUCAACUUGCGAUAUUGGCUUAUAUAAUCUACACUCUCAUAUUUAAGGAUGGCUACCUUAAAAAGGAACUCCCCGUACCUGGAGCCGUUCGAAUCACGCUACAAGCUCCGACGACCCUUACUCGACCUAAUUACUGCACUAGUGGCUCGCUACCUUGCGUCUAUUGGGGUGCUAAUGAUAUUCAAUACCCAAGUGAUGGUGCUGGUGUGGCAUUCCUCACUACUAGAGUAUCCGUUACAAAUUAUCCACUGCCUCAAGGGUGUUCAAGCUUCUUGAACAUAUCAGACCCAUCAGAUCGAUGUUUUUUCAAUCCCAAGUCACCGUCUAUUCCUCCUAACGUAACUAUACCUAAAUCAUAUAUCGGCGACAUUGAAGAUUAUACGAUCAUGGUUGAGCAUUCAAUAAGAGGAGAAGCCACAUCGAUAGCACAGCGUAAUGGGUUAAUGGAUGGAGCACUAAUGGCAUCUGAUGGAAAAACCUUAAUUAAAUCAUUCACUAACCAAACAAGGAUGAAAGUUAACCCUAAUGCUGAUGGCGACAUUUUUACAGUUCAAGAAAUACUCACUGCUGCAAAUGCAAACCUGGAUGGCCCUUCUACGGCACCUGGAGCAGAUAAAGGUAGUAGAGAAACAUAUAGAUCUUCCGGUAUAGUCAUAGCCAUAGUUAUUGAAUACAUGAACGUCCGUUUCCGGAGAGACGACAUUAUUUACAAAUAUUUGCCUCAAGCAAUUGAUGGAAAUGAGUAUAAAGCUGCGCAAAACGUCCUAAAUCAAGAUGGAUCUUAUACCAUAAUAGAUAGGCAUGGGAUUCGAUUGGUAUUCCAACAACACGGUUCUAUUGGUCAAUUUGAUUUUAUAACACUUCUUAUCAAUAUAGUUGGCGCUUUGUUUCUCAUGAAAUUUGCCGAAAUCAUAGUCGAAUUCUUUAUGUUGUAUUGUUCUCAAAAUCGCAAAGCCUAUGCAGAUGCUAAAUACGAAAUAGCGCAUCCUGAAUGGAAUUAA